CUAACCCUUCUAAUAGUUAUCAAAAUAAACCUAAAAACAUCGCCACUCAGUAACCGAUUUCCUAGAUUCUCCUAAAUAAACAUGCCAACUUCUUCACAAUCUAUAUAACAAGCAAACUCCUCCACGGGUAAACAUUAGAAAAUCCAAAAAAAAUGUCUUCAUCCUUUGUAUCGAAACGCAUCUUUUCCGUCACUAUCUUGGCCAUGGUGGCCAUGCAACUCUCUUGUGUAGAGAGUGUUUUGUCCCUAAACCAGACAAAUGAGUAUCUACACCACAUAUGCCUUAAUCGUCAAGGGACAUACAAGUCAGGUGGUAAAUACGAGAGAGACCUUAACAAUCUCAUCCCAAUGAUCUCAAUCUCAGUUUUAGGCAAUGUUGUCGUCUUUAGUGGUGACAAUGCCGCCUACGUCAAGCUCCAGUGCCGGGGGGACUCCUCCACAUCCAAGUGCCGCACUUGCCUUGACACCGCCUUCUCUGAGAUUAGAAGGAGAUGUCCGAAUAAUAGAGGAAGAAUAAUAUGGUACGACAACUGUGUUCUCACAAUAUUAACGUUUUAUACCUAUGCCGAGAUCGAUUACCAGAACCAUUUUUAUAUUUCCAACGCAAAGGAUGUGAGUGGUGAUACAAAGUCAUUCAACGAGAAGACAAGGGCUCUCCUCCAUAGGCUGAUGGAGAAAGCAAGUAGUAAAGAAAACGUUCCCAGCAAGAAAAACUACUUGUAUGCAACGGGCGAGGAAAGUCUCGGGAAGAUGAGAUUGUACGGAAUGGUGCAGUGUACGCAGGACUUAUCCAUUAAAAACUGUAGUGUGUGUUUGAACUGGAUUCUGGCGAAGCUUCCCAAAUGUUGCAACGGUAAACAAGGAGGAAGAUUUUUAAGUACGAGUUGUAAUUUUAGGUAUGAGCUUUACCCCUUUGUAAAACUUACGACUAUCUAA